AAGCUUCAUUUAAAAUUAAAUUAAAAUGCAGAGCCACCCCGGACCGGUGGCCAGGACCCGGGCAGUGUGAGUCCCACUGAAAAUCAGCUCGUGUGCCGCCUUCGGCACCCGGGCCAUAGGUUGCCUACCCCUGUUCUACUGUAAUAUUGUUGACUUCUGUGGGACUACUCGCUGUGUACAAAGUUCAGCAUGUGUGUUAUUAAGUCUUUGCAGGCUUCAGGCCUAUGUGUAUAGCUGGGACCCUGACUGCAGCUGGAGCACUGGGGCACUAAACUAAUAUAAAUAAACAAUCAUAAAAUGUGGGAAAGAGCCUCAGAGAAAGAGUAACACUAUGGUGUUAAAGUACUGCAGAUUACACCAGGACCUGGCCAGCAAUCUUCCCGAUCAGUGACUAAGCCCUGUCAUAUGCAACAUAAUGAGAAGUCCAUGACAGCCUCCCUAGUGCCUGACCUGGGCUGUUUCUUUUCCCACACUCAGCAGAGUGUAACAUGCUCUGUCUUUGAGGGGAGGAGUCGAAAAGGGUUUUCUCUCCGGGACUCUGGCUUCUUUCAUCUGGUCCUGGGUUAUUGCUCUCCCCCCCGUCCCUCCCCCAACUUUAUCUGCUUAACAUCAGUUGAGAUCAAAAGCUUUAAGGCGACUUUGUGCAGGGCAGAAGAAAGACACUUGACUGGGGAGAGAAAGGAUUUUAGCUUCUGCGUACAGGAAGGGCAGGCGAUAAUGGGGAUUCUGCUGCCCAUAAGGAUACUAAUGACUGAUCAUUAACAGCCGCCUAGAGCGGCAAGCAGCAUCUUUUAAUGGGUAGGGAAUGCAUGACACCUAUACAAGACAGGAAAAGCAGAGGUAACAGCCACCUCUCCAGGCCUGCGUCUCCCUCCCUCAGUUUGCACUGAUGCGGGGGGGGAGACCCGGGGGGGAAUUGGAUGCACUUUUCCUUUAACAGGCUCUUGGCCAAAAAUCCGAGCUUGCAGGCAUAUAUGCAUUGGCUGUGUAACAAUAUCCCCACGUGAUUGCAAUGAAAUCCUCUGCAGGGAGGGAGGGAGCAGGAGACAGAAACUUGCCAGAGAGCUCCUGGGCGUCUCUAGUCAAUUGCGCAGGGAGAGCAGCCGCUGCGAUGUGAAAUUGACCAAAGUGGUGCAAGACUCUCUCUCUGCCCGUCCCGUCCCCUCCCCCGGUUCUGCCCCUCAGCCCUUCUCCCCCGUCCCCUUUGCCGUUGGAUGAGUUUCCAGUCACCCCCGGUCGCAGGGCAACAUCCUCCAACAUGCCUGAGCAGAUCAGCGUGUCGGAGUUCCUGGCGGUGACUUCUGAAGACCUGAACUCCCCGGCGGCUUCGACCUUCUCCUCCAAAAUGCAGAAGUGCAGGGGGGCCGUGGCGGUGCUGGAGGAGAGCCUGGACGGUGACCAAGCAAUUCUCCAGAGAAUAAGGAAAUAUGUGAAAGCCAUUCAUGUCUCCGGGCUCACACACGUCGAGAACGAGGAGCAGUACAGCGAAUCUCUGGAGAACUUUGGCAACAACCACCUGUCCCAGAACAAUCACGAGCUUUCCACCGGCUUCCUGAACCUGGCCGUCUUCACCAGAGAAGUGACCGCGCUCUUCAAGAACUUGGUGCAGAAUCUGAACAAUAUCGUUUCCUUCCCCCUGGAGAGCCUGCUGAAGGGGCAGCUGAAAGAUGGCCGGCUGGAUUCCAAGAAGCAGAUUGAGAAGGCCUGGAAGGAUUAUGAGACCAAAGUAGCAAAGAUCGAAAAGGAGAAGGAGCGAGCCCGGCUAGCAGGAGUCAUCCAGGCGGAGCCAUCUCCAGGGGAAAUCGCUGAGGAGAUGCAGAAGGAGCGCCGGAUGUUCCAGCUUCAGAUGUGCGAGUACCUGCUGAAAGCUAACGAGAGCCAGACGAAGCAAGGGCCGGACUUCCUGCAGAGCCUGAUCAAGUUUUUCCAUGCGCAACAUAAUUUCUUCCAAGAUGGCUGGAAGGCUGCUCAGAAUCUUUACCCUUUCAUAGAGAAACUCGCAGUAUCUUUACAUGCACUGCACCAGGCCCAGGAGGAGGAGGUGAAGGAGCUCACUCAGAUCCGUGACUCCCUCCGAGGCAUCCUGCAGCUGGAGAACAAAGAGGAAAACCUGCUCAGGAAGAACUCUGGCAGCGGCUACAGCAUACACCAGCACCAAGGGAACAAGCAGUAUGGGACGGAAAAGUCGGGCUUCCUGUGCAAAAAAAGCGAUGGAAUCCGGAAAGUGUGGCAGAAGAGGAAGUGUGGCGUGAAAUAUGGCUGCCUCACCAUCUCGCACAGCACGAUCAACCGGCCUCCUGUGAAGCUGAACCUGCUGACCUGCCAAGUGAGACCUCACCCAGAGGAAAAGAAGUGCUUUGACCUUGUGACACAUAACAGGACAUACCACUUCCAGGCUGAGGAUGAACAGGAGUGUGUUGUUUGGGUGUCCGUGCUCCAGAACAGCAAGGAUGAAGCUCUCAGCAACGCCUUCAAGGGUGACCUGAGCGGCUGUGCGGCUUCCGCCAGGGGGGUGACGGACGCUGGCCUGCAGGAGCUCACCAAGCUGGUCAUUGGUGAGGUGAAGGGCAUGCCAGGCAACAAGCAGUGCUGUGACUGUGGGGCCCCAGAUCCUACGUGGCUCUCCACUAACCUGGGCAUCCUGACAUGUAUUGAGUGCUCAGGCAUUCACCGGGAGCUGGGGGUGCACUACUCCCGCAUGCAGUCCCUGACCCUGGACGUUCUCAGCACCUCUGAACUGCUGCUGGCGGUCAGUAUUGGAAACGCCCGGUUUAAUGAAAUCAUGGAGGCCACGCUGCCGGCACAGGGGAAUCUGAAGCCUUCGUCAAGCAGUGAUAUGAGCGCCAGGAAAGAAUAUAUCGUGGCCAAAUACAUGGAGCGCAAGUAUGUCCAGAAAGCCGGCAGGGAUGAGCCGCACCGGCUCUGGGAAGCCAUUCGCAACCGGGAUCUCUUUGCCUUGUUACAAGCCUUUGCAGAGGGGCACGAUCUAGCAAAACCCCUGGCUAGCCCUGACAGCCAGGACCAGGGUGAGCUGGCUCUGCACCUGGCUGUGCGUUAUGCAGACAAGUCCUCCCUCCCGCUGGUGGACUUCAUCAUUCAGAAUGGGGGGAACGUGGACAAGGCAACUCUGGACGGGAACACGGCUCUGCACUACAGUGCUCAGUACAACCAGCCCAACUGCCUCAAGCUGCUGCUGAAAGGGAAAGCAGCCAUAAACACAGUGAAUGCAGCAAGCGAGACGGCCCUGGAUGUAGCAAGGAGGCACAAACACCUCGAGUGCGAAGAGCUGCUUGAGCAGGCACAGGCCGGGAAGCUAAACCUGCAGGUGCACUUGGAGUACAACUGGGAGGCUGCUCAGGAAUAUACCUACGAUAGCGAGGACGAGCUGGAGGAGAAGCUGAGCCCGCUGCAGCGAUCCUUCAAGUCCACGUCGUCCCCAACCACGGGCCAGCCUGCCCUCUUCCCCCAGAACCGGUGGAGCUGCACUGGCAUGGACAUCAGCAACAAGACCUAUGAGACCAUCCUGGUCCCCUCGCGGCCCAUCCAGCGGCGGUCACACAGCGAGGAGAUCCCCCCACCGCUGCCCAUCAAAAACUCGACCAGGGGCGACUCCAGAACCAAGCCGGGGCAGAGCCCAGCAGAUCGCCCAGAGCUCCCGCGUCAGGCCUCUGAGCCCCAGUCCUCUGCGUUGUCAGAGGCACCUGCCUGCCGACACCUGUCCACAUCCAGCGCUCCCAGCACCUUGGACGGCUGUGCAUCCCGGCCGCCGUCCACCUCCCGAAGCCCCCCGGAAGCCAGACGCACAGUCUACUGGGAAACCCGCUCAGAGACAGAGAGUGGCAGCCAGCGGAGGACGUCGGAGACCAGUCAGACAACAUCCCAGCAGCCUGCCGCUGGGACGUCGCUGGAACAGGGGCAAAUAACCCCAGUCAAGUUCAGCUCAGAAAGCACCCGGUCUUACCGGCGGAUCAGCGGCGGCUCAGUGGGGAAAUCCUCCGGCUUAGCCAUCUCCCCACAAAACUCUGGCUGCCCCGAGGACCUGCCUUCCAGCAAGGCUCCGAGUCCAGUGCAGAACGCUCCCCCUGUCCCCGUGCCCAGGAGGUUUGCUCCGGCCAAGGUGAGGCAGAAGAGGGUGAUGGCUCUGGUGGACUGCAAGGGGGAGAGGGCCCGGGAGCUGACCUUCUCCAAGGGCGAGGUGAUCGUGGUGACCCGGGAGGAGGAUGAGCAGAGCUGGGUCGGCUUCAUUGAAGGAGAUGGCUCCAGGACAGGCGUCUUCCCUGCCAGCUCUGUCUACCUCUUGCAAGAGUGAUUGGCUGGCUUUUCCUUUCCCCCCGGAGCCGGCGUGAGCUCUCGGCGAGCGUUGGGGGGGGGCAGGGCUGAGCGCUCACUGCCCCCGCACCAAGGUGGCAGGACUUUGCGCUCCAGCAACUCCACAAGGGCAUCACAGGAGCAGAGGCCUGUUUCUUGCUUCCCUUCCCACCCUCCAAGUCUGGACCUUGAGGGUAAUGGACGCUAGGGCACGUACUGCGUUGAGGGUUUGGAGUAGGGACUUGGGUGGAAUCAACAUCCUCCUCUCCCAUCCUCCCACCGUGUGCUGGUCCAUUUAGCCUUUUUACCCAAACUAGUUCCCUUUCUUGGAUGGAGAGGCGGCCGGGCAUCCCACCCACCCCACGCACCAGGACCAGUGUGUGUCUCUACACCUCCCAGUCAGGCCAGCUCACCCCAGUUCUAGCAGCUCGCCUGAUGAGCCGGACAACGGGAUCCAUCACGGUCUUCGCUGCCUCAGUCAGGGAGAAGCUGAUCAACGGGGAAGACUUGAGGAUCUGGUGCAACUUUCAGCCUCCUCCUGCAGAGCUGGGGAUGAGGAGGGCCAGAGGAGCCGAUAGGGACCACGGCUCGCUCGGAAAUGGGCAGAGAAUGGAUAGCCUUGCUGCGCCUGCUCUCCGCUCUGCAUGCCUUGGCUUCAGCCAUUUGUCUGCUCCGUAACUUUUGUGGGCCCCGAGGAGGUCGUCUCCUCCUUGUGGCAGGGGUAGGGUUAUGGCAGGGGUGGGGAAGGGAGUUCAGUUUGGGCCUGGACGCCUCUCAUCACAUUCCCCCGGGAUAAAAGUGGGAGCCGGGAGUUCCAGCACUCCAAUACUGGGCAAAGGGCAGAGCGAAGCGCCACUGGGCUCAAAUGUCUGUAUUGGAGGAAAGAAAGAGGGAGGCAGGUCCCCCACUUCGUGGUGGUGUUCCCACCCCCGUGAGUCAGGCCAGGGGACGGCCGCCAGCCCCUUGUGGGUGACUAGAAACAGACUCACGCGGCCAUGCAGGGCGCGCUGCUCUCCCUGUUAUUUCCUAGGGAUACAGCACAUGGUGGAGCAUGGAACGGCAGGACACGGCCCAUCAAGUCCUGAUGCAGGGGCGGCUCUAGCCAUUUCGCCACCCCAAGCACGGCGGCACGCCGCGGGGGGCGCUCUGCUGGUCUCUGGUCCUGCAACUCCGGUGGACCUCCCGCAGACGUGCCUGCAGAGGAUCCGCUGGUCCCCCGGCUCCGGUGGAGCAUCCAUAGGCAUGCCUGCGGGAGGUCCACUGGAGCUGCCUGCUGCCCUCCCGGCAACCAGCAGAGCGACCCCCGCGGCAUGCUGCCCCAAACACGCGCUUGGCAUGCUGGGGCCUGGAGCCGCCCCUGUCCUGAUGACCCGCCAACGCUGGGCAUCUCUCCUGGCCUCCGCCUCCCGCCACAAUGCCCCCAGCCAAUGAGCAAUGCUGCGCAAGAGGGAAAGGGGGGGGUUACCUUACACCUCAGAGAUGUACAGGAGCCCCUCUCUCUCUCUCUCUAACCCUGGCAUAACUGGCCCCGGCCGAUAAGGGGAGGAUAAAAAGCAAGUCUCCUAGCGCUGAAUGUGUUAUCCUAGAAAUCCAGACUGUUCCCUCCCCCACCAAGGGAGUGCACUAGUACAGGGGGGUUCACUGCAGCAGAUUCUCCAGUGGUGUUUCCAUUGAUUCAAGGGCUGCUCUUUCCCUUGGGCUGCUCUUUGAUGUCAGAGAGUUUUGUCUUCGGACACUGCCUAAAUUCUCCCUUUUGUGCCACUUCAUCCCAUUCUCUCCUGCCACCUCCUCCUCUGGAAACGACCCCUCUCUGCCCCUAGUGUUGGCACAGGGCUGGUUGAAUACCGCCGGUGUGCCUCAGUGUGUUCACCGUCCCUGCCCUUUAAUAACAACGCCUAACGCUUUUCAGCAUUCAGUCUCAAAGCACUGUACAGAGAUGACUGUUACCGAUGGGGAAACUGAGGCACACAGCAGGGGUAGUGAUUUACUCAAGGUCGCCCAGCAGUGAAUUCUGUUCAUGUGUUUCCCAGACUGCUCCGAACUCUCAGGUUCCUUUUAUUUAAAAGUAAAUUGAGACAGUUGCUUUUUGGCCUGUCAUUCUGAAUCUCUGCGUUUCCCCAUCUACAUAAUUUGCAGGUACCAUUUACGGCCACCCUAGCUCAGCACACAACUAGCAUGAUACCUCCUCAUAAUACUAUUGACUUCAGUAGGGCUGCUGCUUGCAUGCCUGAAAUGAUUUUUUCCUUUAAUGGCAUUUAAGCCCAGAGAGGAAUCCUAGACUAUCAGGGUUGGCAGGGACCUCAGGAGGUAUCUAGUUCAACCCCCUGCUCAAAGCCCAAUCCCCAACAAAAUCAUCCCAGCCCUUGAUGGCCCUUUUUUUAAAAAGGGGUUAGAAACGGUUCCCUUUUGCAAAUCAAGUGAAGGGGCUCGGUAAUGCAGACGGCUCAUUCUGGGUCAGACCUGACCCACAGACCAAUUUACACCAGGGGUUAAAUCCCUGCAGCCCAAAGGUUUACACACACACCCCUAAAAACCCCUGUGACUUGACUGUCAUCUGCCUUCAGCUUUUGUCUAUUUCCUGCUUUCAGAGAUGAGGCUUUGCUGGAGUCUCAGUGAAUCUUCUGUCCUGUGGGUUUCGUCACCCUCCUGCUUCAUGGAGACCCUCCUCCUCUUGGGAGGCUGCUCUGUUUCUUUGGCUCCGAUCUGGCUUUCCAUCCCCUUUCUCUUACAGGAAAAUACUUGAAGGAAAUAAAAGGAGCCAGAUGGAUGCCUUGUCCCUGACCCUAAUAGGAGUCCUCCAGUCCCCGGAUCUCUCCUUGGUCCCCUCGCCUUUGUCUAUAGCAGGGUAGGAAGAGGCAAUCUCUAGGCAGGAAUCCUGCAGCAGGAGACCGUGGUGUUCUGAUGAGCACAGAGAAGGAAAAGGUAGUUUGUCAAGUGGAUUUCCCCACCUUCUUCCGAAACCUGAAACUGUGAAAUAUUUUUUUUUAAAAUAGGAAAGAGGUCUCUAUUGGCCCGCCCAUGUAGUGCCGGGCUCGAAGUGGAGGUAGGCCAGCUAGAUUCGGGUCCAGAUUUCAAUCACCCAUAAUGCCGGGCAGACUUCAGAUUUGACCUAGAGAGAGGCCAUUGAGUGCAAUGACUAGAAAGAAGGCUCUUGAUUGAGGUGGCUGGAUAAGAGACACCUGCCCCCCGUGGUUCUCUCGGGGUGCCUAAUCAGUUAGGUUCCGGUUCAGAUCUGAUGAGGACCCCACCGCUGAAAGUUAUGGCGAGGAAGGGAGAUUAAUGUAAUUUUGGGGCUCAGGCGUAGGCCCAUCUCUGCUUUGAACGUACGGAUUUUUGGGUUUUUUUUGCCUCUGGCUCCUUUCCUGUGGGUCUAAUGGUUAUGUAGAGACUCAUUCUAGCCUCUGUCAGGAAUAUGUUUUAAAGGGGGUGGGGUGCUUGUUUGGUUGGCUUCUGCAAUGGUUUACUGGGACCAAUGCUUCUGACCCGUAUGAGCUUCCUUCGUGAUUUGUUGUCCCCUGUGAUCAAGUUGCGUUUUAUAAUUGUCAAUGGGUUUUAAGUGGAAUAUUUAAUCUCAAGAUGGUCUCUGUGUUUUUUUUAUUCCUCCCCCCUUCCGAUUUCUAAUAAAAUUGAUUUUUUUUUGGUAAGUG